AUGGAGGAUCUGGGCAUCGAGGCGAAGGAAGCCGCUGUCCGGGAGGUGGCUAAGCUGCUCACGCUUCCGGAACAUUUAGCGAAUAUCGCUUCAAUAAAGUCCGAUUACCUUUCUCGGCAACAGGUUAGAAUCCGAGCGGAAUAAUUCAACUAAGAUCUGAUUGCUUCAUCUUUACCUGAAGAAUUCUUUGGCUUGAGCUUACCAUUUUCCGUGAAGAGCCAGAUCAUCCUCGUGAUUUACUAAAAUGAUGAAAUCUUUGAACUGGCGUAAUGUUUUCCGGAUUGGAUGGGGUUGUUACUCGACCGUUUUGUUCCUGUCAUUCCUGUGGGAUAAAUUUAUUUUUCUUGGGUUGGGUUUCUGGAAAUUGAGUUGGAAAAUUGAAAACAGGCGACUAAUAUGGAAAUAUCGUGAUGAUCUUUCACUUGUUUAAUUUCCUUAAAACUUGUAUUUUGACAAUGGAAAUAUCAGUUUACUCAUGACCAGUCCUUUUAGAUGAUUCAUUUCAGGGUACUUCAUAGACAUUGUCCCCUCGAACAAUGUAGAAGUAGAUAUAUUUCCUCUCAUAUAACAGGAAGAUGAUGAAGAGCAUGAUAAAUUCGGGUGUUUCAAUGUGUGGCAGAACUUAUUCGAGUAGUCACCUAUUUCUCAUUGUUUGAAUGCAUACUGAAGUGGGGAGUCAAUUCCUGGAAGACAACAUAAGAGGAUAUACACAGCUUCUGUUGAAUUAGUGUAACAAAUAUCAUCUAGGAGAGAACAGUUCCCAUCAUCUGAAUUAGGGUAGAAACUUCCUCUAUUUUCAGAAAAUGUAGACUAGUUCCCAGUGAUCUCAUAUGACAAUACUUUAAAAAAAGACAAUUCCUUCUCAUAUAAAUGUGACCAUCUUUUGGGAAUGGUGAUGAAUCAUCGCUGAAUCAAGUGAACAUGUCAUAUCUUUUGCCUAGAGAUCGCCAAAGGUGCAAACUUUUGAAGUCAAUUGUUGUACCUUUUGAAGUUUUUAUAUCCUAGUGGAAUUCAAUGAAAGCUGCCUCAGGCAUAGAAAGGAAGCUAGGCUUGAAAAAGCUUGGUGGUAGGUGACAAGGGGAUUAUAAUAAAGAACGAGGUGGAAUAUACAGGCAGGAUGGGUACCACUAAUACUCAUGUAAAUGGAAAUGUCAAAAAAAUAUUAUAUCAGGGAUAACAUGGAGAUUCACAAAAGGAAUUGAAGGUACAGGUUGGUAGAAGCCAUUAGUCGUAGAUUUAAAAUCAAAACACAGACUAAACAACCUUUCUGAUUACAUUAACUCACCCCGUCGAAGGAAAAAAAGAAAAACUUUAUUGGGAUGGGUGGAUGAGGAAGAAGAAUAUCUCACCCACUUGCCAAUUGAAUGGUGACCGGUGAUGGUCAUAAAAAGUUUCUUCUUGCUCCAAAGUUUCUCAUUUCCUUUUCGUUCAUUGUUACACUGCUUCACUGUACUUUUUGCUUCUUGCUCCUCUUCUUGUGCUCUCUUCUUGUUCAGGGUGUUUUCAAGAACUAUAUAGUUCCCACAGCCUUGUAGGUCAACGUGAUCUGCAUUUUCUGUCUUUGUAUAUCGUUCUCCCUGAAAGUGUGCCUGAGCUUUCUUUGGAAAAUAUUCAAGCCUUUUACUGCAUGGCACGUAUGUUUGGAUUCUUAAUGUUACUAUUUGAUUGUGGGCUAUGUUUCUGCAAACCAUUGAAUAAAAAAAAUAUUGGAAAGGUUAUUUGAGAACUAGUUAAAAUUUCAUCUUAUUGAAAACUCUUAUUUUGCCUGUGAACAAUUUAACUAUGAAACGAACUGAUAGGAAACGGAUUAUCCAUUUUUCAUGAAAUCAAGUAUCAAAACAUGUGACAAAGUAGAGUUGUGGCAAUAUUAUCUCAAUAUUGGCUUCUUAAAGGUGAUACACAAUUCCGGUGCCUUAUUCUGCAUGCGACUAUUUGAAAUGGAAGGAAAGAUGGAACCUUUCAGCUAUAGAAUUUUCAUAGUAGAGGGAGUGAUCUAGAGUGGAGUGGGGUAUGAACUUCUGCGAUGAAAAAAAGGGCUUAUUCCUUAUUUUGGAUGGAGUUGGGGUCAUAACAUGCAUGAUAUAUGGCAUGUUAGAUCAGACACAGAGAAGUUAUCUAUGGGAUUUUUGAGAGUACAUUGGAUAUUCAGCGUUCUUUUAAAUACAUAAUGAAUAUCUGGUUCUAUUCACUUUUUUUUUUAUAGUGAGGAUUUCUACUUCUUAUACUUUAGCAUUUUAAGAUGAAAUGUGUCUAUGGAUUUUCCCAAGAUCAGCUAAUUUUGCAGUUCAUCCCCUUUAUUUCUCUUUCUUUGAUACAUUAGGGAAGAAACAAGCGUAAAAAUUGGUAAAAGAAAGAGAAUAAAGGCUUUCUUUUCAGUAUGCAUCAGUUGAAUCAAAUUUUUUCCUGUCACUUGAUAUAUUUCUUCACAGAUCUGCUGAAUAUCUGAGUUGGUGACGUUCAUUGUACUCUUUUCAGGCAAAUGAUGCACAACUCAGCACAAUGGUUGCAGAACAGGUGAACUUAUCUUUGUUUGGUGACAACAUUAUUGUGCUAUGUGCUUUAACCUUGAUUUUCUGGGCAAAGUUUCUUGUAAGCAUGAAAAAGGUUAAUCACUAAAAAUGUGUAUCAUCCAAUACUUGAGGCUACAUCUUCUGUUUUUUAGUGAUCCAGUGUUACAUUAAGGAUCUUGUUCUACACUAAUGGUCUGAGAAUGUAGGAAGAACUUUAGCAGUGGGAAUUUCUUAUUAUGGUUAAUCCAAAAAGUAUAUGGGCAAGUGGAUGACCCGAAAAAGGGUAGUGGCAUAACAGGGCAGAACAAAGGACAAAUAAACAUUUAGGGUGGCAUUUAAAUGUUGUUGACAAAUCUCAUUGCUGAGCACAGAUUUUUUUCAUAAACUGUUGCGUUUUUACAGGUUGAGCUGGCACAAGCUGGCAUAGAGUCACUUGGUUUAUCACAAAAAACAAUAAAUGAGCUCCGGGGGAAUUUCGUUUCCAUUGAAAAGUAUGAAUCUAACAUUUUUUGUAUUAUCUUUUUUUUAUGUGGGCAUAUCUAAUUUUUUUAAAGUGAUAAAUAAUGUCCUUCUGAAAAUAUAAUUUUUUCUGCAUUUGAUAUUAAUUGUGUUGCUUUGGUGAACCAGGUUGUGCCAAGAGUGCCAAAAUCUGAUUGAAAAUCAUGACAAAAUAAAGCUCCUUAGCAAUGCAAGGAACAAUUUAAACACGACUAUAAAGGUUUGCCUAGAAAGAUCAGACUGAUGUGAUUGUAGAAUGCUGUUUGCUCUCUGAAUGUUUUGUAAACACUAUCCCAAUUAAAUUGAGUUAGAACGCUGUCAUUUUUGUCAUAUCCCAAUAUCUUGUGUACUCUGUCGCAGUGAAGAGUUAUAUAGUUGGGUAUAAUUUCUUUUAUUUUUUCUCUACUUCUUUUCCAUUAAAUUUCUUGUCUUCCUAAUUUGUUUCUAACAUAGGAUGUCGGAGGAAUGAUGUCUAUUUCUGUAGAAGCUGCUGCAGCCCGUGAAUCAUUAAGUGAUGACAAAGAAUUGAUUAAUACAUUUGAGGUAACACUUGUAGUAUAAACGAUGUUCAUGAUACAGUUUACCAAGUCUACAGGCAGUAGAUGAUACUGUGUACUUGAUCUGGAGGAAGCUUUUUUUAGUUAUGUGUUUUCUUUUUUUUGUAUUCUAUUUGUGUUGGAGAUAGAGGUUAACUGCUCUUGAUGGAAAGAGGCGUUUUGCAUUAGCUGCUGCGGGAUCACACAAAGAAGAGGUUGGCAGGUUAAGGUAAGAAUGUAUUUUCCUCUGCAUUUCAGUUGGCGGAUGUUGAUUUUGUUGGUUUUUAUUGGAGUGUAUUCUAACUUUGAUGAUGUAUCCUCUCAAACUGCUGGAUUGCAUUUCUAACUCACUAUUUUUUUUUGGGCGGUAUCAUCUUGGUCUUGUGCUUUUUGUUGAUUGACAUUGUUUAAAUUGAGUUGGUUUAAUAGAUUGUCUAGUUUAAUACUCAUUGUAGUACUACCUGAAAACAUGAUUCUUGGAACUUCCUAGGUUAUUUUAAAUGGAAUGGAUCAGAGACAAUUUAAUUUGCAAUUUUUGUAUGAACGAGAGACAAAAUGCAAUAAUCUAGUGCUCAUAUAAUCUAAUGUUCGGAUCCUGAAAAUAUUGUUGUCUUGGACCCCGUGGUAAUUUAGUCUAUAGUAAAAUGUUUUUAGUAUCAUAACUGCAUCUUUAAUUUACUCUAUUUGAGUGAAUAGCUUUUUCUCAUACUUCUUGGGGCUUAAAAGUUUAGUUUUUUAUUCUAGACAUUAAUGAUUGUUGAAGAACUUAGUUUUUCCUUUUUCAUAGAAUUCAUGAUGAUAGUUCUAUUGAAGCUUCAUCAUUUUGACGUUGAAGGGCCAGAGCACAGGCAAAUGAGUGUAGAAGGAAGUCCUCUGCAGAAGAUUUUAGGUCACUACAUGGGGGCUGUUGAGGUGUCUAGACGUUGGUGUGAAGAUUGACAGAUAUUUUUAUAAGUGAAGUUAAUUGAAAAAAGUGUAUACAUUGAUCCAGUGUUCGCUGGAAUCAAAGAAAGGGAAAGAGGAAAAUUUUAAAAGAAGGCAAAAUCUGGUAUUGACUAUGGUUUAUUUGAAUAAUCCUUGAGUAGUGCUAACUAUGGUUUAUUAUUUGAUUAAAGAUAAAAGCAAAAUAAUAGGUACAAGUAUAAGUCGAGUUAAAAAGUGCUGGUAUUGACUGUUUAGGUUCUAUUCAUUUUGGGGUGCAGAGGAAAUGACCAUUUAAAAUGUGAGGAGACUUGUCGAUGAAUUUCAAAAGCAGAGAAUAAGUAAAAAUGAAAUUCUUUCAUGUGGCUGCUGUUAUCAUCUGCUGAGGCUGAUUGCUGCAUAUGGAGUGAUAGACAGUUGAGCGAGUGACUAGUGGCAGUGAUAGAUGUGGGCAGUGGUUUCUUGCGAUCUAGUGGCUUCUUUCUUCCUUUUUCUCUUCCCAUUUGCUGACUUCAAUUACCCUUAUAGACUAGUUCACGAUUUAACCAUCUAACCUAUUAUCUACCCCAAGUGAAUAUGGAUAUUUUUUGUUUCUUUCCUCCUUUCUUUCAUGAGUUCCAGUACCUUCCGGCUAUUGGUCUUGAGAAACCAUACAAAAAUACAAUUUUUGUAUGAGUCUUUAGCAGAUACCAUUCAGUCUUCAAGGAUGAGAAAAUACGAGCUUCUCUAUUGUAUGUGGAUAAUUGCAUUUCUCUCUCUUUCUCAAGGGACUGAUACCGAGGUGGAUCAUCUUGGAGGACCCAAUCCUGAACGAUCCCAUUCAGAGAAGAAUAUUCUAAUGCCAGAGAUGGAUUUUCAAUCAUACACCUCAAAAUGCAAUUCCUAUGGGAAAUCGGCUUUUAAAUUAUGAAAUGUUACCAGCUUAGUAAUAAUAUAAGAUCUACUUUUCUUUUCACCUGUCUUGAGGUAUCAGUUCUUGUUCUGCUUCUUUCUUUCCCUUGCAAGUGGGGUACACAUGGCUCAUUGUAAAGCAAAGUUGUCCACUGAAAAUGGGAACUAUAGUUCAUGCAAAAAAGUAGUCUGACUUUGGACUCGAGUUCAUGAAACAUUGUUUUGAAGAGAAUAUUCUUGGCAAACAGGUUAUUUUCAGGUUUUAGGUUAAGUUCUAUGUAUGGUUUAGUCUAUCCCUUGUGUCAAACUUAUUCUAUGUUCUAGAAAUAUUUAUGCGAAUCUAGUGUCCUUGAUACGCUCACACGUUAAAUAUUAUUCUGUUCGUUUAAGUGCCUCUGUGUAAAAGAUAGGUAGACUCAUUGGACAUGUCAUCUUAUGAUCAGUGAAUUGGGUGUCUACUUCCGAUUAAAAUAAUGUCUUCUGAAAUGACGCAAUAGUUCAUAAAUGAAAAUUUCUGCAACUACUUUGUUGGCUGUGAUAUAUUGACUGAGGGAUUCUCGUACCAUCUUGUUAAACAUUGGCAGAGACCAAAUUGUUUAUUUGGCAGAACUUCCGUGUGAUCCUGGCUGGUGUAUAUUAGUCCAUGAGUGGCAAUGCACCUUGGCUCUAUUGUGUUCGCUUUCCUAGGAAGAAUUCCAGGCUAGGUGGAUGGAUUUGUUUUGGAAAUUUGAUAGAACGAAUGUAUCAUUGUUAUAUUGGUGCACAUUUAUCUAUUGUUAUGUUUGAUUUUCAAACGUUCAGAUAGCUAAACUUUUUGAAUGUGAAUGAGAGGACUGCAUGUUUUUUCUUUUCUUUUCAAUCUGCCAGAUGAUAGUUUAUAAAUCCCAUUUGUCUUUCUAUGACAAAGAGGUGAUGGGUGAGGUUCUUUGUCCAUAUGAUUUUUUCUGAAGAUGGUACCAUAAAUUCAUUGUAUCUGUAUGAGUCACUGGAGAGCCCUGGUUUACUGUUUUUGUUUUUAAUGAUUCCUUUAUUUCUGUAUGUAGAGAGUAUUUUGAAGAUGUCGACCAAACAUGGGAGACAUUUGAAAGAACAUUAUGGGGGCACAUUGCAAACUUCUUCAAGCUGGCUAAGGAAAGGUACUAUUGCUAUUUCUAAUGUUCCUUGCAUUUAGGUAUCAUUCAUACAUGUUUCCAUUAUUGUUCAUGGAAUACAAUUGUAUUAUUAGCUAUUUAAUGUGGGAUUGUUCUUACGUAUAGACCUAACUGUCAUUGUUUGCUCUGAUUUUAUAAGACAAAAGAAAGUGUACAGUCUACUGCCAUUGCACUUGACUUUGUGCUAUUAUUUAUUGUUCUAUACUACAUGUUGCUAAUUUAUGUAUUCAUUCCUUUUUAAAAAAUUGUGGGUUUUAAAUUUUGGAAUAAAUUUAUGGCUUCUCCUGUGUGUGACCUGAUUUUUUUCUUUCUUGUUUCUUCUGUAGCCCACAGACUCUUGUCCGGGCUUUAAGGUAUGCUAUGCUUUUAAAAAGUUUCCAAACUUUCUUGUUUCUUUUAAAAAAAUUCUUUUGUACUUCAAUCUCAUCUCUAAAUUUCUUUCAAUUUUCAGUUAAUUAUCGGUCGCUCUGUGAAAUAUAGGACUGGAGGGCUAUAAUUUUUUGUAAUUGACUUCAUCUGGUCUUUACUGAAGUACAAUGUGUGGUAGAAACUUAUUAUCCAUUCUGGCUACUUUGAAAAGGCAAGGAAUGAUUAGCAGUCAAUAGAUGCAGAUCUCUAAGUAAUCAUGGGAGUAUUAGUAAAAGUCGAUCUAAAUAUCGAAAAGAAGAAAUGAUCACCUGGACGUCCACUUUUUCAACUACCAUCUGGAACCCAUAACCAUCUGGAAAAUCAAAGCAGUAAUGAGCUCGAAUUCGCUAUUCACUCAUGACGAAGGAAGCCUAUUAUGGGCAAGAUUGAUUGGCGAUCGCUUAUUAUUUAGAAUAUCAGAGCCUUUGGAGACAUAUUUCUCAGCUUUAGCAUCCUACAAAAUCUGGACUAAAACAAUGGAAGGUAUCAUCCUUCAGUUUGCAAGAAUGAAAAUAAAUGUUCAGAGCCUUUUUGAUGAAGACAAGAUGAAGCAUGAUUGAUAUUUCUCAACUUCAUCGUGCUAAUAGUCAAGAUUGAAAAUGAAGACAGUGCAAAGCAUCAUCUUUAAGUUUGCAGGGUUGUAAUAUAAAGUUUAGAACGUCAUCCCUGCACCUACACUUGUGAAGCUAAGGUCGCUUCUCAAAUAUUUAAUGUAAGAAUUAUAAUUGAUAUGUUUUUCUCUCCAGUUUCUGCCUCUGAUAAUCAACUGAAGGAGAAUAAUAGAGGAUCACUCAAUCAAGCACAUGAGGAAGGAGUCCUACAAGGUAGAUAGUUAUAUUAUGGAAAGCAUCAAAGGACCUUUGGGUAUGCUGAGCAUCCAAUCCAAAAGACAAGUUUGAAAACUAUCCAAUCCGCAGAGCAGCCAAGAAUCUCUGAAUCUCCUAUGCAAAUGAUUGUUAAAAACACAAGCCUCCAAAGUUCCCUCAAAGAAUGCUCAUAGAGUUGCCGAAACAGAGAUGCUGUUGCUAUAUAAUAUGGCAUCUGUGUAGCCAAAAAGGACCUAGGAUUGUUGAAACCUCCCCCAAAUGUGACCCAGUCCAGUGAGAAGGUCAUGGUGGAAAAGUUAACCUGGCUCCAUGGCAAACACAUGGGAGAGGGAAAGAGAUAGAAAAUCCGAUAAAUGUAGAGAAAAGACAUCCUGUUGUGCGUUGUGAACAUUGAAGGCAGAGUCAGAUGAUUUUGAUUUGAACUGGUCAAUUACGUUGAAAUUGGGCAUAUUUGAUCUGAUUUCAUGGGUUGAAAUCAGAUGCUCAGUUGAAAUUGAAAAUACCAACGAAACAAGAGCCAGCUUGAAUUGGCUAAUCUCACUUUUUUUGUUGGAAUCGUCUGAUUGGGCCAUUUAGACUGCAAAGGAGGAAAAGUAGGCUGUAACUGCAUGCCACAUCGGUUGUUUUCAGCUGAAAUUACAAGGUAGGAGAUAAAACUGACAUUUGAUCGGAUGCUCACUUGAAAUUGAAAAUACUAGCAAAAAAAGGACCAGGUAGAAUUGGCUGAUCUCACUUUUGUUGGUGGAGUCGUCUGAUUGGGCCAUUUUGAUAGCAACGGAGGAAAAGUAAGGUAGACUGCAUGCAACAUCUGUUGUUGUAAGUUGAAAUAAUAGAGUAUGUAGGAAAUAAAGCUGACCUUUGCCACCGGCUACUAAUUUCCUCUCCCUCUUACCACCAUGAGCUGCCACCUUCCACCACCACCUGCUACUACCUAUUGCCACCUUUCCCUACUUUUGUCCUUGAAAACUGGGGGAAGCAUUAGGGACGAUUAUAUUUUGGGGUUGUUAUUCUAUAAAAUUGAUUCCAAACUUUUUUAUUUUUUAUCCAUUUUAAAAAUUUAACUGUACACUUUUAAGACCAAUGAUAUCAGUUUUUUCAUUUUUUCCCAUUUUGCAAAUUUUCUUUGAACAAUCUGAUCCCAAUUAGAUUGUCCCAGGCUUAUCCAGUUUGUGGCAUGCAGGACGUAUGUAGAAUUCUUUUUGCAUGCAGAUCUCGUACGUGCAUGAGAUAUGUGUACCAUGCUUGAAAUAUGUGCUAUGCCAUUCCUACAGCGUAUUUCGUGACAAAAGGGUAGUAGGAAAACAUUUGAACGCUAAAACUUUGCAUAACAUUGCAUUGUGGAUAUCUGCCCAUUUUUUGAGCCGAGAAUUGGCAAAACUGGAACAGCCAUAGUUAUUUUGGUAUAGUUUUGCAAGCUUCAGCCUUGCUUGUUUUUAAUGUUUUUAGUUUAAAUUAGGCCUUAACAUCAAAGAAGGAUGGGUGCAUCUAGAAUGGGUGAAUAGAAAACAAACUAGCUAUCAGAAAAUACAGUAGUAGAACGUACAUGCUGGUAGCAGUAGAUAAAAAACAGAAUGGUAUCGGAUUAGGAUGGUGGCCAAUUUUGGUUCCAGCUUAAAUCGGUGAAGCUCAGGGAUCAUAAGGAAUGAAGAAUCAAAAGGUCAUACGUGCAAAUAAGUACGGAAAACAUUUCACCAGAAGAAGAAAAGAAUAUAAAUUACCUAAAUUUACUAUGGUGCUCCACGAGUUUAAAGAACCUCUGUUAUUAAAAAAUAGCUCUUGUAAGUUGUGAGGACAGCAUAUUUUUGUCCCUUGGUAUUGGAUUAGUCACAUGACUCUGUGACUUCAAUAUGGUUAGUUUUUCAUUCCAGAUUGGCUAAGACGAAAAUCAUGCAAAAUGUGCGUAUGCAUGUUAACUGUUUAUGGCUAGACCUACGAUACACCAUAUUUCAGUUAUUGUUUCCUGUUUGUUUCAUUCUUCAUGAUAAUAUCUGGAAGAGUUUGUUGCUGUAGAUGAACAUAUUGGAUUUGCAGUGUGGGUUUUCUAAUUGUUUGAUGCCUUCUAGAGUAAUAGAGAUGCAGGAAAUUUUUGAUCAGCAACUAGCUGAGGAAGCAGCUGAGGCGGAAGGUGGUGGCAGUAUGGCAUCAAUUGCUAAUCCCCGCAGAUCUAAUAAGUAAUUUCUGAUUGAACUUUCUUCAUUUCAUAUAACUUCCCGUGGAUAUAUAAUUUUGUAUCACUCAUGUAAUUACAAAGUAGCACCAAAAUAAUCUUUCCUGAUUUUUUGAAGAAGGCUAUAUUAUGCUUCUAAUACUUCUGUCAGAUAUUAUGCGGGUGAUUGUCAUGAAGAUGAUGAUGAAUCUUGUGUUGCUGUACUGGCAAGCUGAUCUAUCAAUAAUGGUAGCACAGUCACAACAAACUAUUGAAAAGCAUUUGGCUGAAAGUCAAAAGGGGGGUUAAUAUUUUUUUCAUGAACUAAUGUCAAUUUUUUGAAGCAUAAAUGAUUGAUUUGGGUUAUCAAGCAGAAUAGUUUGGGUUAUCAUGAGGAUUCAUCUCUCAGAAAACACGGACUAGAAAGGUGCAAGAUGGGGAAUAUCACUAAUAUUUCAACCAUCGUCACAUAUUAGUUAAGCUUUUGGAAAAGAAACAGAAAACCCAUUUUUAGGCUUCAUUGUUGAAAAUGGUUCUGGCCAAUCUAAGAGCAUCUGAAAUCGCUUUCCAUGUUCCUAAUUGACAUUUGAUAUGUCAAUAUGAUAUUCCCUCCUGUUUUGUUUAAAUCUAGGAAUGGUGAAAACCCACAUGCGCCUUGGCAGGGGUCCAUGUGGGGAGAUGCAAUGACUUUGAAUGCAUGCGACACAUCUAAAAGAUGUGGCUACGCAGAAGACCAUUAUCAGCCAAAUGAACAAUCACUCAUGUUGCUUUGUCCUUUUCAUAACUGUGAUUCCCUCAACGUUAUCCAUGAAAUUAUCAAAUAUUUGAUUGGGUUCUUGAGCACUGCAUAGGAGAUGCUAUUUUUAAUCAGUUUCCACUCUAAGACGAGGGUUUCUAAUUUUUGGAGGAGCAGCAUUUGAAAUCGCUUCUAGAAAAUGAACUCCAUUAAUUCCAAUGGUUGACAGCAAGAAAUGGUCGAUAUACAUUUUUUUCAUCGUUUGUUUUGACUUCCUGACUCAUGGUGAACAUUAGGCUCAGGUGUGUUAGUCAUGCUAUGUUUUGAUCAUGACAAACAAGGUUGGAUUACUUGCUACUCCAGCUGACAGUGUUGAAUUGACUGGAAUCAAUGUGAUAUGUACCAUAAGAAAAAUGAAGACUAAAAAGUGAAAAGCACAUUAAUAAUUAUCUGUGUGAAAUACUACUGUUUAAUGCACAAAAAUAGAAGUUUCUCAUAAGUAUUUACAUAAGUAAUAGAACUUUCUCCAUUUCUUUCCACCAUUUUGAUGUCCUCUGCCCAGUUUGAAAAUCAGAGAUUCACGAAGUGCCAUGGUGUGUGUGUGAGUGCUGUAUCAGGGAAUGGAGACAACUGUGGGUUGUCUUCAUUGGAGGCAGAAGUAAAAGCGGAUAUGAACAUGGGUGGCAGCUUUUGCCAAGGCCACUUUUCUCUUCCAUAUUUAUUCUUCCACAUUUAUGAUGUCAUUCUAAUUGUUCGUUUGUGUUACCACUGCUGGUCGCAACUACCAUACUGCUGAUUCUGCUACUGUCAGUUAUUGCUGCUGCUGUUUCCACUUUCCAAAGGCCCUCUUUUCUUUUCCCCUUAUUCUUCUCUUUCCUCCUCAUUCCACAAUUGCAUUCACAUUUCAAUUUUUUCUGUGAAAAAAACCCUGAAAAUGACCAAUGGUCAUUGAAAAGAUCCUGUCCUCAGCAUUCAUCCUUAAAAUGGCAAGUUUGGGAGCUGCAUUGCUGAGUUUUGAGAUCAUCCAUGUCUCACUGUGUUCCCAAUAUUUUAUCCAAAUCAAUGUUUCUUUAGCAUUUUUUCUGAAAUCAGGUAGGAUAUUCUCUUGAACUCCUUAAACUUGAUCCCUCUUGUGCUACUUAUGAUCUCAUGAAAAAAAGUCAGAGAUGCAACCUGCCCAUGUUUUUCUCGUCCCUAUAUAAUAGAGUUAGUAAUGGCUACUAUAUUCUACAGUGUUUUGUGAAGAUUGUCAAUAUGCUGGUAUUUUCUUAAUCAAUUAACUCUAUUGGGGUUUGGGGUUAAAUGAAAAAUCAAUUUGAUGCCUAUACAAAUAUUGCAAAACGUUGUCUACAAAUUUUACGAAUCUGAUCCCCAUUAAAUGUAAUCCAAAUUGAACUUAGCUUAUUUUCUUUGUUUAGGAAGGGAAUUUUUUUAACUAUUGAUAGUUUGCUACCCUUUUUGGACAAAUUAUGAUAUCCCUGAGUAUAUUUUAUCGUGUAUCCAUCUAUAUUUUUUUUUUGUAUAGGCUAUGUUACUGAUAAUGACUGCUGAUAGACCACGUCUACUAAACCUGUUGACAGCUUUUUGCUAGAAUGAGUGUAUUAAAAAUGUUGACUUUACCAUUGAACGGAGAUAUGUAAAUUGUUUGGGUGAGGCAUGAUAUAAAUUUAGCCUUAUUGUCAUGAUAUGUUGUAUAAUUUUGCUCAGAUUCCAUCACUCUCUAAUGAGCAACUUUAUUUUUAUAUUUUCAACAUUUAUUGUACUUUUUAUUCAUUUAUAAUAACAACACUUUUAAUUAUUUUGACUUCAUGAACACAUAACAAAGGAAACUUCACACUGGGCAUUUAUUUCUGUUGAUUUAAAUGAAACUGAAAACUGACGAAAACCAUACAAGGGUAAACAGUCAGGAAAAAUCUCCUCUUUUCUCAAAUCAUGGAACAAUCGCUAGUUAUAUAUAGUUAACCUGGCCACAAAAAAAGGAAACUACAUAGGUUAAGGAAAAUGACCAACGAGGAAACCAAAAGACUAGGGGACUGGCAUACUUGGAAACUUCCCUUCUAGGAAACUGACUAACAGAAACAAACUCCUAAUUACACGUUUUUCCCACAAAAAACUAUUCAUCAUGGCAGAUGGUUCAUUUAGUGUUUCAUAUUUAUUCAAUUUCUUGUUUCCUUGUAUGCUUUUUAUUCUGUCAAAUGAAGUUUUACCCACGUAUUUUGCUUCAUCCCAUUUUGAAUUGGAUCAUCAAUUUUUGAGUCUUAAUUUUUCAGGUUUGAUAUGGUGCUGUCUUUCUAUGCAGGAAAGGUACAGGGGUGACGGCUUCCCCAAGAAAUAUCAUGCAAGAGAAGCUAAAGACACAAGGAAAAGGUUUCAAGGAUAAAUGCUAUGAGCAAAUCAGGAAAUCUGUUGAGGAACGGUUCAAUAAUUUGCUAUCAAAGGUAUUAUCUGCAUUACAGAUUGUUUAGUUUUUCUUGAAAACGAUCUCUGAGAUUAUUUUCAGGAUAUAUAGUCUUAACGAUAGUCAAUGUUUUCAGCUCGUGUUUGAGGAUCUAAAAGCUGCAUUAGAGGAAGCUCGAAGGGUAUGUUACUAUCUGUACAUAUUUCUCAUGUGCGUGUUACUACUGUGUGGUAUUAUAGUUAUGUUGUGAACAGAAAAAGGAAGUAUUGAGCUAAGGCGGAUCUGUAAUGUCAAGGCAGACUGCAUCUGCGGGAAACCGAGAAAACUUGCUCAUAUGACGUUGAUGAUCGCAUGCCUUUUUGGUCAUAGUCCUGGGCAUCUCAGAAUCAUUAGCUUAUUUCAUGAUUUAAAAGUUGAAACUUAAUUUUCUUUCUUACUCUUCAUUGUGUGUGAAUACAUGCUUGGUCUGUUACUGGUAAGUCAGUUGAUACAUGGAUCCAAUUGCAGAAUGUGUGCAUUUUGUCCUAAGUACCCAGGUUUACCCACUCUGAGCUCCUAAAAAAAGCCAUAAAGAUUUGCUUGAUCCGCUCCAUGUCCAAAUUCAUUUCCAUGGAUUGAGUUGAAGUUGGCUUUUAUUUUGUUAAUGUUCCAAUGGGACAAAUAUGCGGAAAUCAGGGUAAUAGUGUUUUAUUUUUUUUUUCUAAGUAAUUUGUAGUGACCAACAGAUUGUGAAUUAGUUAUAAGAACUCAAUGCUAGUAAAAUUGAUGGUUGACCUGUUUGUUAGACCUCACAUCAGUAAACAUUAUCUAAUUAUUACAUCAACGAUUUGAAUACAUUAAAAACCCUAAAAGUCUUUUUUCUUUGUAGAUGGGAAGAAGUAGCUGGCAUCCAUCAGAAAAUCUUCUGGGAUAUCAUUUUGUCAUUAAUUUUUUUGGAAUCAAUCUCCCGUGUGGAAGAAAGGUAACUAGGGGUGGUUGGAGGGGGAGAGAGGAGAACCCAAAGAUUCUUCAUUGUUGGUGAGGGCAUAACUUUUCAUGCUAAAUAGGGGUUACUCUAAUCUUUGAGGUCAGGAGAGUGUUUCUUUCUAGUUUAGAAUUAUUUUGGGGAUGGGAAACGAGUGUUCAUUUUUUCGGCCACCGUGGUUGACCUGUCAUGUAUUCUCUUCUACUACCUUGACGAGGAAGAGGGAUGAAUGUUCUACCAUGGUUGGUGAUGAAUGGGGAUAUCAUGGAAACUUUUUGAAAAUUCUUCCCAAUCUCUCUCUUUCCUUUCUUCUCCAUGAUGGCCAUCUUUUUUUCAUCUUCACCCAUGACCCUUCAAAUUUUGAGGCCAUGUAGGUCAUUGAGUUCAUUAUGGUGAAAUAAUGUUGACACCAUCCUUAUAGAUGACGGUUUCUUUUAUUCUCUAUCUUGGAUUGAAUGACAUUUCGUCCUUAUACACGACAUCUAACAUUGGUUUGGAUCAUCAGUGAAAAGUCGAUUUGAGUAUUAACUUUUGGCGCGGGCAUGUUUACUAACCUGUACUCAAAAUAACACAGGAAAAUCAUACCCAUGAUUGAAAAUAGAUGUUGAUAUGAUAUUAGUCUUCAGAAAAAUCUCUGACAUGGGGAUGAGAAUUCCCCUUACAUGAUAGCUAGCUUGGUGAUGUGAGAGUUCCCAUGUGUUCAUGGAGUAGAUUUAAAACUUGUGAAGCGUCCACAAGUCUUGGCUUAAUUUUAUUGUAUUAUGUAUAUGUUCCUACACACAGGUUCUCUCUCUCUCUCUCUCUCUCUCUCUCUCUCUCUCUCUCUCUCUCUCUCUCUCUCUUAUUCUGUCCAGAAUCUCAAUCUUUUAGUUACAGGUAACUGUCCCCAUAACUUGUUCUAUAAAUAUUACUGUCAUCAUUAACGGUAAAUUUUAAUGCCAUUAUUUGUUCUAUAAAUACAGGACCUUUCUCCUGUCAAGCGAUCAUUAUUGUUGUUCACCAUGAUCAUCAUUGUGGAAGUUGAUAUCAUAUUAAGAAUCAUUUCUGAAAUGUUCUUAGGAGAAAAUUUUCCUGUUUCGUUUGAUCUUUUGGAUACUUUAUAAUUUUUGUCGUGUCGAUCCUCAUUCACUUUCCUAGUGCACUUGACAAAGUAUUCAUGCGCGCCCAAGAUGGGUGGAGAUUGAAGUCAAGAAUGAGGAAGAAUGUUUCUCCUGUUACAACUCACAGCAGGGAUCUGGUAUUUAAUUCAGACCCUCCCAGAAGGUUCUAGACACCAGAAAUCAGGAAAGGAAAAACAUGACACGUGGCACGUGAGAUAAUAAAGAGAGACCUGAGGCACAAUAAUUAGAGGUGCUCCAAGAAGUAGAAACCUAUGAACCUUAACAUAUCUUCUCUCUAGACUCCCUGACCUUGCUUUUCUGCUUUUGAAACCCAUUAAUGGAUCCUAUCAAUUCAAUACUUCUCCCAGUGGCAACUGCCGCUGAUUUCGGUGAAGGGGCAGAAUGUGGCAGCUCUCUCUAUUCGUUGUUUAAAAAGCUCAUAGAAAAUCAUUCAUUGAAAAAUCGACUGUCUUGUACUCGUUCAUUUUUCAUUAUUAGGAUGUGGAGACUUGAGAUCAGAUGUUUCUGGAAAGUGAGUGUACAACAUGAUUUUCAUCAUUGCAAACGUAUGUAUAGUCCGCGAAUUCUCUGUCAUUGAUACAAUUAUGAUUCUUUAGUGACCCUAUAAUGCACUGAGUAGUCAAAUUCGAGGUUGCCUCUCGCUAUGUACGCUCACAAUCAGCAAUAUAUUUGGUUUAAGCUGCUUAGAGUUUGUUCUUCGAAAAUAUAAUACAGCAUAUGUCUGAAACAGUUGAAACCAUCAUCAUAUGCAUCUGGUAAUGCUUCUUGACCAAGGGAAUAUGACAUUGAUUAUGGGGUGCGUUCUCAGUUUGAUCUUUCUUUACUUUAGAAAAUUGAUUAAUUGUUAUGGAUGGAUUUUUAUAAGUUUUGCAUACGAUGUUAUAUAUGAAAGAUGUUUGACAAAUCUUACUUUCUCUGACUGCCUCAUGAUAAUCUAAAUUGCUGGAUUCUGGGAAUUCUACAACUUUUCUAAACUACAGCCACAAAUAUAUUUGACUUAGUAUCUGAUUCAAAAGAUGUUAUAUUUUAUUCAAAACACUGAUACUGUUCUUUUACUAGAUUGGUGAUGAACUGGGUGAUAUCUACGAUUAUGUCGCUCCUUGUUUCCCUCCAAGGUUUGCUUUUCAUUUAGUUCCUUUUCCCUUUCUCCUCUUCACACUAUUGCCUUGGCCAUUCUGUUUUCAGCCAUAUGUUUGUCCCAUCCAGAGUUAAUUGUGUGCUAUUUUCUUCAUGGUAUUUUGAGUAGUCCCAAUUAAUCUAUUACUGUCGUUACUUUGUGUGGCUUGGCAGAUUAAAUGUAAUUUCUCUACCAUUGUGUUCAUUAUGUGUAACUUAUAUUAAAUCUGAUGGAAAAUCAUCUCAAAUAUUCAUGAAGGAUUACAAUUUGUUAUUAUUCACUGGGUUAAGUCAUUAAAUGCUCCGGCUUUUUGAGUGCAUAUUUUUCCCGAAAACAUUCCCAUCUUGAUCUGUUAUUCUUGCAUAAGUGCCGAUCUUUAUAUUUACAACAAGGAUGAAUUUGGCUGAAUCUGUUGGUAAAGGAGCUCCUCAAGUAUCUAGCAUUGAACUACUAUAUGAGGAAACGAAUCAGUUGACCAACUCUUACCGUGCUCUAUCUCUGAAUGUGUUAUAUGGACCACUUUUUAAAAAAUGUAUAUAAAUGAAUAUUUAUUAUAGAUUAAUCAGUUUGUUGAAUUAGUGAGUAAUGGUGUUAAAAGAGAUAUGUAGGAUGGUGUUAAAAUGUAAAUGUUAAAUCCACGAUUUUUGAGAAGCUAUGUGAUAAACGCAGGGUUUUAGCUUUUCUAACGUAUGAUGAACUUUAGGGCUUCAAAUGAAGUUGUAAAAAAUGAUGUAGAACGGCAUGCACAGAACCAAGGAAAGCCGAAAACGGUGGGCCAAGCAGCCUAGAAACAUGAAGUGUGAGCUACAAAGAUGAGGAGGCUUAAAAGGACCCUAAAUCAGAUUAGGCCGAAAUAAAGCGCGUGAAUAACAUACCAGAGUCUUAGUUUUAAUUACUGUCCUGUUUUUAAGUCAUUCUGAAUUUGUUUCCUGUACUGAUCCGAUUUUUAGGGGUACCAUAACUGAUCCUCAGCCUAUUUAAAGGCCACCACACUGUAACCCUAGGGACAUCUUGAUAUUGCAAAUUUUUUCGUUCUCUUUGAGUGAUUUCUCUUUUGCUUGUUGAUUCAAGCAACCCUUCUUGAUUCACGGGAGCUAUUCUGGUUGUUGUGGAUGUAAGGAUCCUUCAAAUCAAUCCUUGCGGAUUCAAGGAGUGGGGAAAUUCGGGCCUUGUGGAUUCAAGGCCCAAUUUCCAUUCUCCCACAACUCCAAAUUUUGUGGCUUGUUAAUUCAAGGCCUGAAAUUCAAUUUUUCGCAAUUUUGCUGUGUCCAAAAUGUAAAAGAUUAGUUUAUGUAACAUUGUAUUCCAUGUCAUAAUAGGAGUAUUGUCUGCAGAAAUCAGAAGCAUUUGAAGGAUAGUCUUAUAAUAAUCCAGAUUCUUUGAUUUUGGUUCUUUGCAGUCGGUAAAUCUGCCAAAUCCACAACAUUGUGCCUGAUUCUAGAAUUUUUCUGGUUUUGAAUGCUCAGUUCUGAAACUGGUUCUUUGCAAUUGGUUUUGAACAUGGUUCCUCACUCUGAGACCUUUCUAGUUAGGCAUCAGCUUGUCUUGGUAGGGAUGUAACUGAUUCUGAUCAAACCCCCAAGAUUGCAUGAUAGAAUUUACUGCAUGCAUUUUGUCCGGACUGGCUGGUUUAUCCCAAGAUGACAAUGUAAUGGGGUGUAAUGAUGGCAAUUAUAUUAGCAUCUGCAUGUUCCCCCUGCUCUCUCUUCUUCUCCCUGCCAUUAACUGAGUGUUUACUUUGAUGGUUAUAGAUAUGAAAUUUUUCAGCUCAUGGUCAAUCUGUACACUGAGAGGUUUAUUCAGAUGCUUCGACUUCUUAGCAACCGGGCAAAUGAACUGUCUAAUAUUGAGAUUUUAAAGGUACUAUUGAUGGUUUCAGGCAUGCGUGAUUCUUUUUCAUUAAAGACUGUUGCAUCACAUACCCUUUUUCAUUCUCGUAACUAUGUCAUUAUUAGAUGUCUAUUGACUCUUGUUGGCAAUGGGACAACCAGGAUUCGUGGGAUAAGUUGAAUAUUAGUAAAUUCAAUUUAUCUACAUGAUUUGAAAGAUGCAUAUUCUAUUGUUCUAUGUAAAACUAGAAAGCAUCUUUCCCUUUUGUUAAUAUCUCCGUGGGCAUCUUUUAGGUGACAGGUUGGGUUGUUGAGUAUCAAAAUGCUCUGAUUGAACUUGGUGUUGAUGAGUCAUUAGCACAAGUUUGUUCUGAAAGUGGUGCAAUGGAUCCUCUUAUGAAUGCAUAUGUUGAACGGGUGCAGGAAACUACACAGGUGAUGCAUCCUAUCUAUCUUGUACUUUUCUAAACCUUGAUGAUCAGAGCGAUAUAUGAAAAAAUUAAGAUCAGAAGGUUCUUAUUCCUUCUAUGUCUCAUGUAGAAAUGGUACACAAAUAUUCUAGACGCUGACAAGAUACAUCCUCCGAAGAAGACAGAAGAUGGAAAACUAUAUACACCGGCUGCUGUUGAAGUGUUUAGGAUUUUAGGGGAGCAUGUGCAAACUGUCCGCGAAAACAGCACAGAUGUUAUGCUUUAUCGCAUUGCACUUGCUGUUAUACAGGUAUACCAUUGUAAUGCAAAUAGCUAUAGCUUUAGUGCUUGUGUUUAAUAACUUUGUCUCCUAUAUGUUACCUAUUACUAUAUUUUCUCUUGUUUGAAGUAUGGCUAAUGUUAUUUUAAUUUCAACUUUUUUGUUUUUUCAUUGAUUGAUGAAUACUAAAGAUUUCUAUCUUAAUUUUCAAAGCUGAUUUCUUCUCCUUACCAGUUUUCUUUAUUUUGAUUUAGAUAAUGAUUGAUUUUCAAGCUGCUGAAAGGCAAAGGCUUGAGGAACCUGCCUCUGAUAUUGGCUUAGAACCUUUAUGUGCAGUGGUUGGUAACUUUAAUGUUUUCCAGGCAUCGAAAUUCUUUCAGACCAUUAUAAGAGCUUAGCUUAUUCAAUUUGUUUUUGUAUUUCUUGUCAUCAGAUCAACAACAAUCUGCACUGCUAUGAACUUUCAUCAGAGCUGAGUAACAGCACUUUAGAGGCUCUUCCAUCAAAUUAUGCUGAGCAGGUUUUCAUACAUGCCAUAACAGUGAACUUUCAUGUGCAUUCAUUGUCUUUUCUAGUACAUUUUUAUAAAAAAUGGUAGAAAUUAAGCUGCUUAGCUGGAUUUCUAUUUUUGACAAGUUUUAUGCCAAUGAUUAGGCAGUGUAUGGAGUAUUAGAUUAUUAGGCAAUGAGUUAUCCAUUUCUUGUUGUUUUUUCUGCAUAUGAAAGUGUUUAGUAAGGCAACUGUAGCCAUGCUGUAUCGAUAAAAUUUGCCCACUAGUAGUUUUGUGUUGAAUAUAUAUCACUAGUUUUUUUUGACUCUCAUUCAUCUUUUGUAAGAGCUGACAUCGCUCUCAGAUUCUGCAGUCAGGUUCUAUGGUUAAAUACUCGGAUAAAUAUUCGUCAUGUUAUUUCAUUAGGUUUUAUUCUUCAUGAAAUGCUACAUUCUCAAACCACAUGUAAUUGUAAUAAUGGAUAAUUUGUACUAGUUAUCAUUAGGUAGCUUUAUGAUGCUGUGCUUUCAAACAACGUCUGACUAGCUUAUGAGAAACUUAACUCAACUUCUAAUAGGCCUAGGAAUAGUUUCCGAAAGCAGCUCUUGGAAUGAGUUGGUCAAUUUCUAUCUUUUGGGAAAGAAAAUGAGUUGAAGCCUAGAAUAGUUUGGUUUAUCCAUGCGUGAAAAUUCUGGCGAGCUCAGCACUUGUUAUUCACCUCCUGGUGAAUUCCGCAUAUCAUUCAGUGAUUUUAGCUUACUGGAGUUUUCAGUUGUUGGCCAAACGUGAGGUGAAUUAUAAGUGCUGAGUUUACUGAUUUAUAUGCGUUUCUCUAGCAUUGCCUUUGUCCAUUUUUCCCUGGAUAUUGGUAAUACCCCUCAUUUUACAAGGAGUUCGGCUCCUGUCACAACCUUAUCCAUGACUGCGGUCCCUCUCAGCUGUGUUGACAUUCAUUAAAUCAUUAAAAUGGCAUGUGCAAUUUGGUCCUUCAGGUACAGCAUCCCGGGUUAUUAAUAGUUAUUAUUUUGAUGUGACAGGUCAAUUUUGAAGAUACUUGCAAAGGCUUUCUUGAGGUUGCAAAGGUUAGUUGUCUAUCUUUAAUGCUUGUGAGGAACUUCAACUGUUUUCACAUAAAAUGUAUUUUUUUGAUUAACAAUGUUACUUCUGGGCAACCUCGUUCCUGUUAACUUAAAACAAGUCAUAUUGUCACCACCUAGUCUUCCUCUAGCUAUAGAUCAUACCAUCAUGCCAGUUAACGGACAGCACAGAUAUCAGUAGAGCAUGAGUGGUGGUAUUUUUUCAGCGAUGCCAUCUCUGCAAUUAAUAUGUCGGUGGUGUGCAAUAAACUAUUCUUCACACUAAAGUUUCCUUACCGUUAUGUAUAAAAAAAUUAAGGUUCAGUUCAUUGGUCAAGUUCAACCAGCAGAAUACUCUUAUGCUUCCAUUGUUUGUCAGCAAAACUUAAAAUAGUUAGUGGGUACUAUCACUUAUUGCAUUCAAUCAGUGACACAAGCUAACCAUGAGAAUCGAAAUGGUGCAUCUUGCCCAGAAUGUUCUCACUAAGGUUGUUGGUAUCCCAUCAGUUUUGGAGGCCAUAAAAGUUAUCCCAUACGAUUGAACGUAAUUAAUAUUGUCUGUUCUUAGUAUGCUGAAAGUUCUCUCAAAAUGACAGCCUUUUUCCUGAGGGGAUUCUCUUUGAUUUAAUAUUUUUUGAUAUUCCUAUUUUUUUGCAAUGUGAUCUUUUCUCCUCCACAAGGCUCCUUCCCGUGGAAUUUUGAGAGGGUCGCACAGAUCAAGCUAACAAUUAAUAAGACAGUUUUCCUAUCACAAAACUGAUCAUAUGUGACUUUUAGCUCUUGUCAUAAAAAGUUUACCUUGUAAUCAUGCUGCAUAGAUGUCUGGUAUACCGGGGGUUAGUAAAUUUUGCAAAAUUUUUGGAUCCAAAAUUUCUAAUCAUUAAUAAGUGUUUACGUACCUUAUUAAGUUGCCUUAGAUACUGCAAAAGCAUCAUUCAGAUGUAGUUCAGGAUUUUAUGAUUCUUGAUAGCAGUCACUAUAGCUGUUUGUUAGGAUAGUCAAUACAGUGUUUUGUAGCAUAAAUAUAUCCAUGUUAAAUAUUUUUAUCUUCUUAACGAAUUAUUGCUCAAUGAAUUUGAAAUGGGUUUCGCAAUGCUAGGAAGCUAUUCAUCGAACUGUUAGUGUCAUCUUUGAGGAUCCUGGUGUCCAAGAGUUGCUUGCUAAACUCUAUCAAAAAGGUAAUUUAAUUUCUUCUUUGAAAAUAUCGUCAUAUUUUUUAUUUUUCUCAUCGCCCUGCUUUUGCUCGAACAAUCUCCAAAUCUUCAUAUAAAUUUAUCUGCAAUUUUUGUGGACAUUUAGACUUCAUAUCAUACUCUCUAUGGGAUUCAGUAUGAUGCAUGUGUCCAUUCCAGCUUCUCUGGAACUUUAAUCAAACUAUAUUUCAUGGAUAUUAGGAUACGAAGACACCUAGAGAUAUAAGUAGGUUCUCCUCUUUAGUUCCCAUUUCAUUUAGGACCAACGUUUUCUUCUAGUUAAUCUCUCAUACACAUUCUGAUUUUCUCUGGGUUUGUGUGAUGUGGUAGUGGCUCAAUAUUCCAUGUUGAAAUUAACAUCUUUCACCUUGUAUGGUCUAUCCUUUUUUAUUUCAGGAGGUUAUUUUAGGUUUCAGGAAGCUUUUUAGAUUUUAGUUUCAGUGAAAUAGUUGAUAAAGAGCUGAAAGUUUCCAUUUGACUCGAUUCUUUACAUUCUUUUGAAGCUCACGUGAAAUGCUAUGAAUACUAUCAGUCUUUGCAUUUCAACAUGCAUGGUAUACGCCAAAAUACUUCUUAUUUAUGGUUGUCAUACACUAAAUUCUUUUCUACUUUGAAGACGAUGUGCGACUUAUUGUUUCAAAGCUACGAUUACAAUGAUCCAAGGGUACAUCUUGGUGUAUCAUUUGUGAUCAUAGAAUCAAUACUUGUGCUUUAUUCCGUGCCAACUGACACGACUUCUUUUUGGGUUAGUCUGAGGUGCAAAUGAAUAGCCCUAGCAUCAGCAAUGACUGUUGAUCGUCUUGACUAAAUGGGCCCCUUGACUGGCUUGAUCUGUGCAUAUUUGGUCCACUGUCUAGUAUGAUCUUGGCACGAGAUUCUUAUACAUGGAACAUGGCUGACAGAGUCUUUACAUUGGCCUCCUUAAUGUUCUUAUUUGCAGCCUUUGGGGUCACCUGCGAUCUCAUCUCCAUCAUGCCAGAGCCCAUUGAUUGUAUUUUCAUUAGGGAUAGGGCAUCUUCCUUCCCCAGGCGUCAGUACCCUGGUACAUUGUGCCGCCCUUUGCUUAAUUAUGGUGGAGAGCCAUUCAACCGACUUCUCAUUGACACGGUCACCAUAUCCUCCGCUGUAAACAUGGACUCCCCUUGUUGGAUGAUUGGAGGAAUUGCUCAUAUGUAUUGUCUGUACUGGACUUGUUUCAUGUAUGUUUGAUUCUCAUCUGGCUUCGUCUGGUGGUUAGGCAUGAUGUGCAUCCCUUUUUGUUUCUUGGGAGGCGGGGGGAGAAGGGGGGGAUGUUCUGAUUUCGGCUGGAAUAUUUAAGUCAGUUUAGCAAAUAAGAUUGACUUUGCCAAUUCAAUUGACAUGCCAGUAGUAGACUCGGGAGAGGUUUUAUUUUCCAACUGAUAUGACCUUCUGUUAACGUGUCCACCGGUUUCCAGCAAUUGUGCUGCUAUCAGAGGAAGAAUACAGAAAGCGUAACUUGACAACAUUGUGUAAUGGGGAAAGAAUAGGAAUGGAGAAUGUCGAGGAAUGAUAGUAAAUAAAUAAAGGAGAGGAAAAAUAACUCAUCUAUUGGUUACCAUUGGCUGCUGCAUUGGCAGGCUUCCUGCUGAUGAACAGUAACCCCUCCUCAAAUAAAGGAGAAGACCCAUGCGAAACGUGGUAUUGGGGUCUGGGGUUAAGUUCCGAGUUGUGUAAACGUUUUUAGUUAAACCCGUUUGCUCAACGUCGCAUUUUGGUAAAUAGAUGUUUAUGCACACUACAAGAUUCAAUUUGAGGCAAAAAUACGCUUUUUGGGAGUGCAAAUACCUUUCCUUUCAUUCUUCAACUCUAAUCAGGGUCUUCCUUCAGAUUGGCAGAUCUGAUCCCCUGAUUAGGUCGGUCUGGCCUAUCUAAUCUGGAUCAGACCAACCUGGCCUAUUCUUCCGGCCAAUCUCAUUUGAGUACCAUCGUAACUUGUGUUCAUGUAGUGGUUUUACUUGAACGUUUAGAAACUUGAUUUCCCUCCCUUGCUGUUAGCUUUGGUUGCGCUUUGCACCGUUCUUGCUGAGAGUCAUUGCUUUGCCACCAUCUCUGGAGGUUGCCAAGGCUUCCUAUUCGGGGAAACAGUGAGAUUUUUUUAAGGGUUGCUUUUAGUCGUUGAUCCAUGGGCAUUUAGCCACACCGUGUAAUAUUGCUUCUCUCAUAUGCUGUAGAUAUGAAGGGUUUCUUUUCGAAUGAAGUAUUUAAGGUUUGAAGUAGUUACCACUAUGUUUCAGAUUGGCUUGAUGGAUUGGUUACUGAGUACCUUGUUGCAACAUUUGGUGAUUACUUUGGAGACGUGAAAAUGUAAGUCCUUUGUCUCAUCUUUCUUGUUUUACAUAAAAGUUUAUGAUUUACUAAAGAGAAAGGUUUAAUGUUGUUGGAGUCUUAUAGCAUAGGACGUCUAUAAUUGUAAUGUAAUAAAAUUUUAUUCGUCUUCAACUGUUCUACUGAGAGAAUAGACAUGGUAUUUAGAGAUUUAUUGAAAAUGCAGUUCCUCUUCUCCCUGUGAUGGAAAUCAUAGCUUAAUUUUUUAUUUUUCACCGUUGCCAAAGUCAGUUUCUAUUAAAAAGAGACAGUUAUAAGCAGCAUCUACAUAGUUGAGAAUUGGACAUGCUUGACUUAACGGGGAUUCUUCGUUGAGGUGUUUCACCUGUUGUUGGUAAAUUUCACUUAAUUAAUAGCAAAAAUCUAGGAAUCAGGGUUGCCAUUUGGGACAACGUUCUUCAUGGCUUCCUGAUCAAAUCUCCUUUUCUACAGCCAACUAGUCAUCAGUAUUCAACAGUAGCCUCGGAUCACAUGAGAUCCUCAGGGACUCACAAAGAGAUAUGGCAUGCAAAUGUUGCCAGCUAUCAGGCGGCUUUUUAUAUGGCUUUAGUAGUAGUUUCAGGGAUCACUUUUGCCGUAUUAUAAGGUUGAGCAGCUUUGAUCUACCCUUUCAUCUUUGAAUAACCUUUUCCUUCUGAUUCUGAUGCAAGUCAAGUCAUUUUUCCCUGUCUUGUCAUUAGCCGGUAAAGAAAGGAGCACCCUGUGAAUAUGGUCACAUGUAGAUAAGCAUCAUGUUAACUCUGUGAUUUGCAAAAUGUUGGAUUUUUAAUUGUCCCAUUCUUUGUUUUUCUCUUAUAGAAUUACAGGUUAUAUAUAUAUAUAUAUAUCAUUUAUAAUAGCAUGCUGGGAUAUAUCAUGUUGGAUGGUUUGAUAAUGAUGCUCAUGUUUAUCUCUUGAUGAACCACUGGUAAUCCUCUUUUUGGAUAAAUAUUUUGUACUAUUAUAUUAAACAUCAACAUGCACCACCCUUAGAGCUGGCAUCUCCCAUGGCAGCUUGGUGGAGGUUGAAGAUCGAUUUUAUUUUAUUUUGGAUGCCCCAUUUCAAUGCCUUGCAGAGGCACUGGAACAAGUUUCAUGCUUUGAUUUCCUCUGGGUUGGCGUUCUCUCUUGCUGCUCUCUAGGUAUAUUGAAGAAAGAUCCUUUAAGAGAUUUGUCGAGGCUUGCUUGGAGGAAAGCAUUGUUAUCUACAUUGAUCAUCUCCUGACACAGGUUUACUUGUAUUUUCUGAUUCACCUUGCAUUAACACAAUAUUGGUAGUGACUCUCACAAUUUUCACGGUUCGUUUCAAUACUUACAAUUUGCAAUUGUAGAAGACGUACAUCAAAGAAGAAACGAUUGAGCGCAUGAGGUUGGACGAGGAAGUUCUUAUGGAUUUUUUCAGGGACCACAUUAACAUAUCGGUGAGUAUACUCCUCUCUCGUGAUUCACUUGGUUCUUGUCUUGUUCCCUGAUUAUCUUGCUUGAUGGCUCAGAUCUUGAUAAUAUUAAUGUUCACUGACGUAGUCCAUGUCGCAUUGAACACGCCUGAUGAUUGAUUCUUGAUAGUUUUACGCUUGCUCCUGGAUGAACUUCUGUAAGAGGCCUUGCUGAUGGAUCUCAGUAACCCAGAAUGGUUCUCUUCGCUGUGCCCAAGUGGGACACACAUCACCCACUUUAUCCUGGAUGCAAUCUGAACUGUACUGAAACUGCCAUUCUAGUGUUAGAAGAUGAAGACACCAAGUCCUGCAUUCAAGUUGUCGCAUUUUCUGGCAUGGAUUCGUUCCUACGACGAAAGGUCCCUCUAGUUUCAUGCACACAUGAUUUGAUCCCAUCCUCAAGGUCGUCUCCGCUUGGGCUAGUGAGCUGGGUCCAGACAGAGAUGGGGCUGCCUUGGUAUUACCCAGAUGGGUAAACCAAGGUAGUUGAGUCCUUUCGAGUUGUAAGCUGGAUCCUCUUCUUUAAGGGUAGAUCCUCGUGUUCUUCUUGCUUUAGUACUAAAAGCUUUGCUGCUGUGUGCAUGAGGUUGAGGAGGAUGAGAAGUAUUCUUGGCUUGGGUUGGUGCUCAUAGGAUUUCGUCUUCUGGCAGAAAAUUGAGAACAGGGUGAGAAUUAUGGUGGAUCUGAGGGAGCUGGCGUCUGCCGAGAGCCUGGAUUCUUUCACGCUCGUGUACACGAACAUCCUCGAGCACCAGCCCGAUUGCCCGGUGUGUUCGUUCAUUCCAUUCACGCUUUGGAAGAGAUUUCUUCGCUCUCCUUUUUCCUUUCUUUUUUUUUUUAGCUAUUUUUUGGAUCAUCGAUCUAACAGAUCCAGGUGAUGCAGCCGGAGGUCGUCGAAAAACUCGUUGCAUUGAGAGAGGGUAUUCCCCGGAAGGACGCCAAGGAGGUAAUGCUGUUUCCUUCUCUCGUGUUUCUUCUGUAGGAUACCAGUGACCCACUCAUAUGCACUCUCUCUCUCUCUCUCUCGCUAACCAGCUACACAGAGAGAGAGAGAGAGAGAAUAUCUGGGUUGGUGGGAUGGAAUGACCAAGCAUGUGGGUGUUUUCCUGGGAAUGCAACAGGUGGUUCAGGAGUGCAAAGAGAUUUACGAGAACACGCUUGUGGGGGGGAACCCCCCGAAGGCGGGAUUUGUCUUCGGAAAGGUCAAAUCCCUCGCGGCGCCCAAGGGAUCCCUCUGGAGGAAGCUCGCGCAGUCCUAA